AUGAAAAAGAUUAAUGAUAAUAAGAGUUCUGGCGGAAGGUUUGAAUUAGAAGUGAAUGAUGUUAAUGAGAAAUUAGCCGAAAAAGCAGACAAAAAUGAGCUUUUAGCUCUGAGUGAUAGAGUCAAGAACCAUGUUCAUUAUAUAACUUCAGAUGAACAGAUUAUAACGGAUUAUCAUGGAUAUUUAACACGGGAUGAAGAAGUGAAGACGGAAGACCCUAAUGAAAGAAGAUAUAAAUACAUUCGUGCUAAAGGUUAUGACAUAAGCUGUACUGUACAUUAUGACACGGGUAAAGCGCUAGAAGCAUUUAGUUAUAACGGUGAAAUUUAUGCCUCUACUUUCAAUGUUAACGGUGUAUUAGUUGAACCAAAAUUUACGUUGAGAGUUACGGCAAAAAUAACUUUUGAAGAUGCUAUUAAAAGUAAAGCUGACAAAGAUGAACUUGAAGCAAGGAACAAAGUUUUGAAAUCUCAUAAACACAACAUCUCCGAUAUAAAUGAACUUCAAACUACAUUAGACAGUAAAGCCGACAAGAACCAUACACAUAAAUCCUUCACUACUGUUAGAGCAGACGACAUAAUACUGAACUAUACCCUCGGUUCAAGUGCACCUUCAGAGAAUCCGAGUACAAGCGUAAAAUAUACACUUAACAAUUUAGAUAACUAUUGCAGGAACAUUGAUCAAUAUGCCAGAAACUUUGAAGCAUACACACUACCAACGAUGUUGGACAAGAAAGCCGACAAGAACCAUACACAUGAAGAAUUUCAAACAAUCAAGAUUAAAGAAAUUAAGGCAUGCAUCGAAAUAGUAACAAAAACAGGAAGAAACGGUGCAACUGUACAAGAACAAAGAAUUUAUCCUCCUACUUUUCCUAAUGGUUUAAUAACAAACAAUAUAAAUAUUGUAGAAGGCAAUAAAGCUAUAAACGUUAAACAUGAACUUCUAACAAUGAAGGCCCAGAUUCUUCAAACCAUAUAUCCUGUUGGUUCUAUUUAUACGUCAAUGAAUUCAACAAAUCCAGCAACAGUUUUAGGUUUUGGUAC